GAGGAGAGCGGAGGAGCGCGCGCGCGUGUGUGUGGAUAAAGCGGGUUGCUAUGGCGAUCAUCAGUCUGUGAGCGAGCGCGAGCACUGUGUGAACUCUCACCUUCAGCAUUCACACCUAAAGAAGAAUAAAAACAGAGAGGAGGAGGAGGAGAGGAGAGGAGGAGAGGAGAGGAGGGGGCCGGAGGGGCCGGAGGAGGACUUUAGGAAUUCUGUUUUCCUGCUUAUGAAACAUUUGACUCGUCCAUCACAGUGAGUGUUGGACAGUGAGAGAGAUGUUUCCUCAUCCCUUCCUGGUGCUUGUGUGUUCUCUCACCCUGUUCGUGCCGCGGGUCCUCGGGCAGAAAUCCAACGGGCAGCGGUGGUUGAUUGGGGAUAGAGACAGCCACUGUGCAAUUAUCUGCUCAAAGACUCAAGCCAAACCAGUGUGUGGCUCAGAUGGACGCACCUACGAUACGACCUGUGACUUGCAGAGGGCAAAAUGCAAGGAUCGUACACUGACGCUGGCCCACAGGGGGCGAUGUAAAGGGAAGCCCUAUGGGCGGAUUGAUCAGUCACCCAUGCUUACUGCUCCCACCCUGGCUUCAGGAGGUAAAGAGCUGGAAAUCAAAGACUCAGGCCAGUCAAAGUGCCUUGUGGAGAGGAGCCAGGCUCUGGAGCAAGCCAAGAUACCACAGGAGUCCAUCUUCAUCCCAGAGUGCAAUGAAGAUGGGACAUUCGCCCAGGUUCAGUGCCACACACUCACAGGUUACUGCUGGUGUGUAACUACAGACGGCAAGCCCAUCAGUGGCUCCUCAGUCCAUAACAAGACUCCGGUGUGCUCAGGAAACUUCCAUGAAUUUAUCGGAACUCAUGCUGGGACAAGCGGAAUGACAGGUUCAGUAACUGAUAAACCUCCAGGACCACCUAGCUCUGGAAGAAAAGUCUCUUUCCGGUUCUUUCUCACUCUCAACCCAGAUGAUGGCUCCAAACCCACUCCCACAAUGGAGACCUACAUCAUCCCAGGUGAAGAGAUCACAGCCCCCACACUGUGGGGGAAGCAGAUAAACAGAGAAAAGAACAACACCAGCAGCAGAAAGCCAGAGAAAGUUCCCUCUUGUGACCAAGAGAGACAGAGUGCACUUGACGAGGCUCGGCAGAACCCUAGAGAGGGCAUCUUUGUCCCAGACUGUGGGCCGCUGGGCCUGUACAAGCCUGUGCAGUGCCACCAGUCCACCGGCUACUGCUGGUGUGUGCUGACAGACACAGGACGACCCAUACCCGGAACCUCGGCCAGAUAUAAAAAGCCAGAGUGUGCAGUCCAUCCCCCCGUUUCUGAUACGGAGGAUCCGUUCAGAGACAGAGAUCUGAAUGGCUGUCCAGAUGGAAAGAAAAUAGAAUUCAUAACCAGCUUGUUGGAUGCCCUAACGACAGACAUGGUAAAUGCCGUUAACGCACCAACCCCCUCUGGUGGUGGGAGCUUUGUAGAGCCUGACCCAAGCCACACUCUGGAGGAGCGUGUGGUGCAAUGGUACUUCUUUCAGCUGGACAACAACCGCAGCCAUGACAUCAGCAAAAAGGAGAUGAAGCCCUUCAAACGUUAUGUGAAAAAGAAAGCCAAGCCCAAGAAAUGCGCUCGCAAGUUCAUUGAUUACUGUGACCUGAACAAAGACAAGGCCAUUUCCCUGCAGGAGCUGAAAGGAUGCCUUGGGGUCAAUAAAGAAGGUACUUCAACAAGCCGCAGCAGUGAGGGGACAAGGCAAGGAACUAAUUUGUUCAUCGACCGUGUAGUGUGAUGACAGAAGCUUCCAGAAGAUGAGCCAAGAAAAGAGAGAAGACAGGCUGACAACUUGAACAGAAAAAGCGAAAAAAGAAAAGAGGUUCCUCGAGAAGAAGAAAAAAAAGCUGAUAACAUUGGAGCCAAAAUAUUUGCACUUUCUUCUCCCGUCGGUAGACAUUUGCUCUGUCUCUGAUUUUGUUGUAAACAUUUUAUGACGGCUGAUGUAAGUUGACAAAACUUUGGAUAAGAAAAUGGCACUCGUACAUGUGGCUGACUGCCUGCUUCAACACGGUAUAAGUGCGUGUGUGCGUGUGUGUGUUCAAGAAUACUAAACUCACAGCGAGGUCUAGUCAGUAUUAUACACCACAGCAGAUUUUUUUUAAUCACAAACCUUUCGUGUAGUUUUCUGAACUAGCGGUCGUAGUUGCACAUAACCAGUUUGUUUUUAUAAGAUCACUUAAGACUAUACUGUAUGUACAGCAUUUGGACUAAACAUGAAAAGAAAAACGGUUUGCCUGCACAACAUGGUUUACACCUUCUGUGUACUUAAUCAUAAGCCUAAUACACACGUUAUUUCACUAGCUGCAGGUUUAAGCAUAUACAGUGUGAGUCAAAAGUUUGUACACCCCUACUCAUUCUUAGAUAUUUCUGCAUUUGGACUAUUUUCUACAUCAAAAGUAUGAAAUAACAUCUGGAACAUAUAUAGAAUUAUGUGAUAAACAAAAACGUGUGUUUUGUUUAAUAUUUUAGCUUCUUCAAAGUACACACCGUUAACCUUGAUGAUGCUUCACACACACAAUUGGCGUCAUCUUAACCAGCUUCAUGAGGGAGUCACCUUUCAAUUAACAGGUGUGUCUCAUCAAAAGUUAAUUAGCGGACGAGUUUCUUGCCUACUUAAUUCGUUUGAAAUCAAACAGCAAAUAAUAAAAAUACAGUAAAUAGUGGUGGUAUUCAACACCACAACUGUAGUAAUCCAUACAGUAUUAUAUGAAGAACUGCUCAACUAAGUAAAGAGAAAUAACAGUCAUUACCUGAAGGCAUGAAGUGACUUUUAAUUUAAAAAAUAAAGGAAAAAACAGUAAAUUAGAAGGCGUGUACAAACUUUAGACUGGAACUGUAUAUCAAAAGACAAAUUUUGUUUAAUGACGCUAUUUGUAACCACUUUAUUAGGAACAUACAAUUAUCCAAUCAGCAAAUUAUGUUUAAAAAAAAACAGCAUUAACAGGUCAACAACAACAGCAUUAAUAAUAAUAAUAAUAACUAGAUAGAGAUCGUGACUAAAGUCACAGUAAUUUGCAUUAGCUGACCUUUGUCAAUUCAUGGUCAAGGAAACGUUGCGCCCUGCUGCCCUGAAAAAAAAUACUGAUUGAAAAAAUCAUGAACACUGAGAGGGUUAUAAGUGAUUGAAAAAAAUCCCACUUUUCAUGGAUCAUUCCAGCGCGGUGAUCCAGAUCAGCACCAAAAGUCAUAGCGACAUGAUUCAUUCCAGAGGUAUUCUUCAUGUGAAAUUUGGUGACGAUUGGUUGAAAACUGAAGGAGAAAUAGCAUCCUAAAAAUGUUACGAGAAUAAUAAUAAGAGAAAGAAAGUCGAAAGAUCCUGAAUGAGAGUUACAAUUUGCGCUAAUGCUGCUCGCGCAAAUUAAUAAUUUCCACGUGACUUGUUCUUAUCCACAGAAAAUCUAUGACCAAUUCAUUCUUUGUCUUUAAAACAACUGUAAAAACUUCAUAACACAUGUAUAAGAUGAGAGUAACAUUUCUGUAAUAAUUCAUGAACAGUUUAUCAGUAUUGCAACACAAUGUAGAAAGUAAACAGAUUUCUUUCUUUCUUUUUCUUUCUUUCUUUCUUUCUUUCUUUCUUUCUUUCUUUCUUUUAACCUAAGGGGAAACAAUAUGCUAAUUUCCCUGGUAACAUCUUUUAUAUCACAGCGUGUUGCAGAAACUGGUGCAAACACUUAAAAAAAAAAAAAGAAAAAGUUUGUUUGGUGUCUGUGAUAAAAUGUCCCCUCUAUGAAACUCAUAUGACUUACGGUGAAAGCAACAUCAGCGAGUUUCUCUCAGGUUUCAUUUCCAGAGAAAUCGGUCGUUUGCAUCAGACACAGCAGCAUGGUCACGGUGUAUCAUGAAUUUAUUUGUAAAUUCAUAUAAUACAUCGGCAGCAUGUGAGAAUAUCACGUGACAUCUAUUACCGGCUUUAGCUGUCAUUAUUUACGAGCCUGCAGGAUCACACACUUUUACUUUUUUACUUCAUCUUCAAGCGGACACGCAUUGCAGGAUGUAAACCGUCUCAGCUUAUUAAAUUAUUAACGACUUGCAAAGACAAAGAAUCCAUCUUUCUGUGUUUACCGAAAGCGAUUAAAAAGCUGAUGUGGACGUAAACACUGCUUAAAAUGGAAGUAAAUCUUUUCCAUCAGAUGCUCUUGGCACCUCCAGCCACCUAAAACCUGUGCUCUCAGUUUUUUUUUUUCUUUGACCAAUCAUUCUCGCUCACAGCAUGUUUAAAAACAAAAUGUACGCCUGUAUCUUACAUAACAUUAUGCAUUUGUUAUAUGUGUGACGUAUCAAUGGUAACAUUAUUCUUUACAUUCUUAUAGGCAUUUAAUCAAUGCUUAUAGAUGUGUUACGAAGUCCUUAUGUAGAGACUUUAAAUAAAGAAUUAGAAAAGUAAAAGAAGAUCAGAAUAUUAGAAAAAUAUCCCAGAGGUAAAAAGAACACCAUGUGAUGUGAUCGAGGAAGGAUGGUGUGUGCGUGCGUGUGUGUGUGUGUAUGGAGAUGUCCUUGGAUGUGAUUGCUUUGGCUUGCGAAAGGAAAAAAUGAACCAGUGAAGUUGUAAAUAUGUAUCAUAUGUGCUUUUUGGUCUUUUAAGUUUUUCAGCAUCAGUCAUGCAGCGAUCUUUUUACACACAGUUUGUUUUGCGAUCAUUUAGAACCUCUUUUGACUUGUGUAAUUAAAGUGUUUUGCUCUCAGCAUGA